UUUGGGCUCAUUACCCUAAUGAGCCGCGGAUGAGUCGAGGAGGAGGAGGAGGAGGAGGAGAAACACGGAGAAGCCAAAACAAGGGACGAGCGGCGUCAGGCGUGGAGCGUCGUUUGUACACGAGCCGAGCACCGCUGGCUGAAGGAAGGAUGCUCGAGAACAAGAGGGAGAGAUUGAAAACCUUCAUCCGCAAAAUCGACGAGAAGGCCAUCGUCCGAAUCAAGCACUUCAUGAGAGAGAGCUAUCCAGUAGAGAGCAGCGGUGGUGGACUGCCAGACAAAGUGAAGAAAAGCAGGAGUAGCUCGAGCAAUGGCAGCAUCAAGAAGGUGGAGACGAGGAAAGCCUUGAGCCUGGAGGCAGCCCAGAUGGAGAUCCAGCAACAACACAAAACCCUCACCAGACAAUUAGCCAGAUCGCAGACGUUCGAUGUCGACAACAGAGGCUCAGGGAAGACGGAAGGCACAGGAACACAAAGUAGUUUCAUAAAGCACAACAAGACAUUCCACAAGUUGUUUCCUCACAUUCCUGAGAGUGAAGACUUGAUACAUGCAUACAUCUGUGCCCUGCAAAAGGAAGUGCCCUACCAUGGUCGACUGUACAUCACAGACACUCAUGCCUGUUUCUACUCUUCAGUCUUACUCAAGGACACAAAGGUAGUGAUUCCAGUUUCCUGCAUUCACAUAGUGAAGAAGCAGAACACGGCUUUACUCGUGCCCAACGCCUUGUCGCUCCGCACCACAGAGGGAGAUAAGUACUUGUUCGUGUCGCUGCGGAACAGAGAAUCGUGUUAUCAGCUGCUGCGAUCAGUCUGUCCUCAGAUAGAGGACGGUAGCACAAAUAGUAGCCCCAUCUUCUCCUCAGCUGAGACCAGCUUUGAUAAAAGCAAACUUGUGAACUCCAGUCUGUCAAGUCUGGAUGAUAGCUUCGACCAGUUCGAUGGUUCUGUGUCUCAGUCUUUACCUGAGCAGCCUCAGCAUAAACCAGACAAAGAGGCCGUGCCUAAUGAAAAUGACUCUGCAUUCAGGAGCGUGCACACACAGCAGAGUGAUAGUUCGUCUUCAGAGGAGCUGUCAGUGUCAGGUUCAGGUGGAUCAUGGGUUUGGAAUAUGACAGAAAAGGCCAAGUCUCUGCUGGUUCAGAGAGAGGCCAGCACGCUCAACACUCUGCUCUUCGUUUACUUGAUUUUGGUUGUGCUGCUGCUGCUGUCCUCAGGCUACAUCGGUUUGCGGAUCGUGGCUCUGGAGGAACAGCUGACAUCACUCGGGGCGCUGCCUGAGUUCACUUUACAGAGCGGGUCCCGCCAAGACACAUAACACUCAGCGACUGAAGGAGAGAUUGAUUGACUUAUGACUGGAGGAUAUUUUUGGCCUCUUCCCAGCAGAACCCAGCGGGAGAACUCCAAUGUACUUGGACCAUGCUUCCAACAUGGCCUACCCUGUCGGCUCGAGGAAGAGUGGCCGACCUGUGCAAUUUCAAAGACGACUUGUCAACUUGAAGGGCUAUACUUCCUCCUGCUGCAGUAAACACAAAAGGACAUGCCACGACUUGAGUCACACCGAGCCAAAACGCAUACACACACUGCCUGGCUGCAGCGUGUCUGUCAUUCAAACCAAAGCAGAAUGGUUUUACUUUAGCAAGGUGCCACACUAGCCAAGUUUGAGGGGGCACUUUCCUGACAAACUGUCUCACAUCUGUGAACUUGUGUUACUCAUUGUCCUUCAUAUGUUCUCUUCACCUUGAGCAUGCAGUCUGAACAGGGCUAUACCAGUCAGCAUCAGCCUGUUGUAGUGCUUAGUUUUGCACCUCGACAGAGGAGCCAUAGUGCUAUGCGUAGCCAAAGAUGCACACAGUGCACAUCUAUUGCAUGAGUGCACAGAGAUGACUUGACUUUCUGUUUCUAAUUAUCUUAUUCACCAUUCCAUCUAUCAUCAGUGUAACAAACCUGUCUCUCUGUUUGGAUUGGGUACUUCUCUUCGAAUGGCUCUUAAUCAGCUGUGGGUUGAAAUGAUGAAAACUGAAAUUUCUAAUUCAGAUCAGCCUGCAGAGGCUUGAUUCUCUCCUGAUGGUCUUCCUCUUUCUCUCUUUCACCAAUCAGCAAUGAUUGCAGUAUUACUUUCCUCAUCGUUGGCAUGAUUUAAAUGUAUUUAGUGAUCAAUGCUGAGAGGUAAUUCUUUUCUCCAGUCUCUUCUGGACGAAUGCAUCAUCAAUGCACAAAUAUUUAGUACAACAGGCCACGAGGAGGUAGUCUCAGAUGCAACCAUAUGUUUUGUGUACGACUUUUCUAUGACUUUGGUCUUAUACAGAGUAGACGUUAAGAUGUCUGUUCACGUACUGUCUGCCAUGACUCGGAAACCAUGUUGUGUUCAAGUACGAACCUCUUUUUGACAGGCCUCUUGAGGACCGAGUGGCGUUUUUAGAAUUUUCAGAUUAUUUAAAGUAGCACCUAUAAUUUAUUUCUGAUGUUCGUGCAUGUGUCUUCAAUAUCGACACUUGACUGAUAGGAGGAUUUACAACCACACUUGCUGCAAGGUCCAAGUUUUCAUCAGCAAAAAGACGAGUGGUCCUGAAAAGAAAUUUCAAUAUGCAACAAAUGAUUAUGCAUGGCAAAGUGUAAUUUAAUUGUGUGCUGUUUUUAAAUGGAGCUUGAUGUAUUUGGGGAUUAAAUUGUGUAAGAAGAAGGAAAAAAAAAAACAAACAACCGUGAGUGAAACGAACGGCUCAAGUGAGCGAGCGCACUUUAAAUAAAAAAAUGUGUUGUGCCUGUCGCUAUCCAUGAUGG